AUGGCCUCACGGGAGCCGAAGGGCCGGCGCUCCGGACCUCCGUCAGCUCCAGCCCGCGGGCCGCCUGGCGACGUGGAGCCGCCGCAACACCUGAACCAGCGGCGCCGCCGACCGCCGGCCUCGGCCCCGCCUCGGUCCCGGCCCGGCCCCGCCCGGACCCGGAGCCCCGACCCGGAGUCCCGCGGGCUCAGCUCCGCCCGGACUGCCGUGGCCCGGCCCUCAGCGGCGUUCCGGCUCGGCCCUCAGCUCCGCGCCAGGCCAGUCAAGCCCUCAGGCCCGCCCCGGAGCCGCCCUCGGCCCGCCCCCCGGCGCUGCCUCCCGGGUCUCCUCAGCCCGAUUCCGCCCAGACCCCGCCCCCAAAACGGCCCCCGAGCCCGCCCUCAGCAUCCCGACUCCGCCCCCACCCCAUCCCGCCCCCGGCAGCGCCGUCCCGGAAGUCCAACCACUCCUCCGCGCAGCCCCUCUUGGGCCCUCCCCCAGGAAGACUCCGCCCCGUCACAGCUCUCGGCCCGCCCCCAGCCCAACUGUGCCCUCAGGGAUGCUCUGGGCCCCGCCCCUUCCACGCUCCUUUCCUCAGCUCCGCCCCCCAACGCCACGCCACGCCCCAUCGCCAAUUGGCCCCGCCCUCAAACCAGCGUCCUCCCCAGCAGCCUUGACCUGGGGUCCUGGCCUGCCUCCCCCAGGCGGGAUCAGCCUGCCUGGGCGCUCCCACCUGCUGACCUCCCAGAUCCAGAACCAGGGCUAAGCUCAAGGCAAGGGUGGGGCCUCUGGGCCUGCAGGGCCACAGCCCUUGGACUCGGAAUGGCCUCUUCCAGAUUGGAUCUUGGAGGACAGUGGCAACCAAGGACAGUGUCACCUCAGCCCUCACACUGGCAGGCAGGCAGCUCAGCGUCCCACACGGGAACGUGGCACUGGCGGCACACGACGAGGAAGAAAGAAGUCCUCCGUGGGCCACAAAUUCAACUACCACAGAACUGAAGAUGAGGCCAAAAUCUUUAAAAGGGAAGGCCUUCCAGAAGCUUCGAGAGACCAUGAGGAGCAAGACCACCUGCACCUUACUCCUGAGGACCCUGAGCAGUCUUACUGGCCAAGUGGAGAAGAAAUUGGACAAAGAGGCAAAGGCAGAAGAGUUGUUUGUGUUGAAACAUUUUGAACUCCACCCCCAUGGGAAAUACCCAACUGUCUCAGACAGGAAACCCCCAAGUGCCAUUGAAAAGCAAUUCUGAGCUCUCUGCUUUGUAGGGAGCGGAGAAGUCAAGUGGCAGGAAAUAGCUGCCAUUCCAAGGUAGGAGACUGAAGAGGAUGAAACAGAAGGGUUGGCUGUGGGAGGCAGAGUGUGUCAACAUGCAGAACCCCAGAAAACCAUGCCAACUGCCUCCAGCUCACAGGGCCCCACAGCACAAGGUGGAGCGGGAGACCAGGAGCCAGGAUGGAGCACGGAGUUGGGGAGGAAGACCAUGCAGCCCAGGGAACCUCAGAGGAGUGAGACCUAACAUUUGUGUGAAGUUUAAACUGGAUCAACUGGUGGUGGAGGGCAGGGUAGGGGUGAGGGGGAGGAUAGCGGCUGGUGCCUUGGCCUGAGAUGGGUUUGCAGUGGGUUGGGUAGGGUACCAGUUGGGCGGAGUGUGGGUUUUGUCUGAAGACCUUACUACCACUUGCAUCUGUGGAGUGACAGACAUAUUCUACAGCUGAACUGUGCCAUUCAAAAACUUCAUUAAAAUCAUCCAAAUGUGUGCUUACAGAAGGUGGACUUUAAGUUA